AUGGAUCAUGACUCAGGCGAAGGGAAGCUGGAGAGUGUGCCAAAGUUUGACGGGAGCGACUAUUGGACUUGGGGCUUCCGAUUCGAACAAUGGGCAGAGGCGCACGAUCUAUGGGGGUACUUUGAUGGCUCGGAGGAGCGGCCUGCAUCGGGUGACGCAUGGCUGAAGUGGGAGAGGAAAAAUCGAAAGGCAUUCGCUCAAUUCUGCAAUGCCUUGGUGCCAGAUGAGCUAAUUUGCUUGGUACGGGAGUUCGGCGGCCAGAUUGAGUUGGGCAGCGCACCUGUUGAUGGCGGAGCAAGAGCGGUCAUCCGAGUUCCUGCAGGCACAGCAGCAGCAUACACACGAGUGAAGGAGUUCUACCUUCAGCGUGGAUUGUGUAACCGGAUGGCACUCUCUGAGGAGCUCUCUUCCUUGAAGAUGAAAGAGGGGGAGGGAGUGGCUGCAUACUGGGCGCUUGCCGAUGACUUGAGGUCCAAUUAUUUGGCUGCAGGAGGGAAGGAAGAGGUUGAGGAGUGGAUAAUGAGGGUACUCAAAGGACUACCUCCUCACUUUGAGAUGCUGAAGGUGGUGCUGAACAACCAAUCAUCAUCGCUCACUAAGGAUCAGCUGCUUACCUCUUUGAGGAGCGAGGAGAUGCGGAUUGGUGUCGCACCAAGAUCGGAUGGUGUAGCCACUUUUGGAGCGGGUACGAAAGUGGGCAGCAGCAGCAGGGGAAACUGGGACAAGGGGGGAAAGCAUGGAGGCAGUGGUAGCAGCAGCGGCACCAACUUGGGCAAAUGGGGUCAGGGGAAAGGCAAAGCAGAACGGGGGGGUCGUGGGUCCAAUGGCAAGGCACAUGUGGCGGAUGAGGAGGAGCAGGAUGACAAGGCAGAGGUAGCGGUUGGAGAGGCAGUUGCAGCAGUAGGAGGGGAGCAAGUGGGGCCAGCCACAACUUUACUCCUUUUGCAUCAGAUUUCAAGAGUAAGCUUGAGCCACCUGAGAUUCGGGGCUUUGCCUGCCUCCAUCACACCAAUGGAGGCGUGGUCCGGCCAGAAGCCACAUGUGGGCAUGGCUCGGAUUUGGGGUUGCAUGGGGAGUGUCAUGUUGCAUGGGCAUGAGAAGGGUGGCAAGCUUGAUGCACGCGCUGUCAUGUGUGUCUGUGUUGGGGUGGACAUGGAGAGCAAGGGUUGGCGCAUGCUGGACCCUUCUCUCAUGCGCAUUCGCAUUGCUCGGGAUGUUGAUUUUCUUGAGAAUGUGACGUGGAAGGAUUGGGACAAGGCAAAGGGAUUUGGGGAGCUCCUGCAGGAUGCAGCUGAGAUUUCCCAGCUCCUCCCUCUUCCACUCUCGCCACCCUCAGCAGCGGUUGACGACGCUGAGAUGCCACCUUCAUCACCGCCACCGGCACCGCUGAUUGUGUCGGUGCAGCAGCAGCCCACCCCUCUGCAGCAGCUCAGCGGCCCCUCGGUCAUUCAGCGGAGAUCCGCUACACAGGCUUCUUCCUCUUCCUCCUCCUCUGGUCAGCGACCUGUCACUCUAUCUUCGAGUGAACCUUUGUCACCAGUGUCUACCUCCCCACCACCGGUUACAAGUUUGCAGGUGCUUGGUGUCUGGUCUGGUAUAGGUGGUGAGGAGGUAGGGGGGGAUGCUGGUGUGGUUGAGGGCAUGAUGUGCUUGGCCAGAGAGGUGGAGGGUGUUGCACUAGCAGGUGUGAGCACCGGUGAUGUCUCACGCACACUCGCUGAGGCACUGCGUGGCCCUGGGGGCCCUGUGUGGAAGGCAGGCGCUGAGAAGGAGGUGAAUGCCAUGCGCACUAUGGGUCGCACCAAGCACAUUAAGGUGGCUUGGCACUUUGUUCGGGAUGCGGUGCGCCAGCAGGAGGUCGAGGUGCACUCAGUACGCUCCCACCUCCAGGAUGCCGACAUGCUCACCAAAGCUCUCCCAAGCUUGCAGCUGCAUGAGAAUCUUGAGCGCAUCGGCAUGCGAGUGAUGUCUUUAAGGGCCAAGGCUUCAUUCGCUAAAGAAGUUGUGUUUUGA